AUGUACGGAACCUGUGAGAUCGUGGUCGGCCUCUACCACAUCCGCGGCCACCUGAAGACCGGCACCAUAAGGCACACUCCACCCGGAGGAUUGAUGAGCUCCGCUGGGAGUCCUUACGCGGCAAUGUGUGUCGCGAAAUCCAUUGGAUUCCGAUCAUGUCAACCCUCCACUAAAGGCCGUUGCGGCUCGGACCGCCACCUUGCCCGCAGCUAUUGUGCAGAACGCCUCGAAUACAAUCGAAGUACUGUACCUUCGUCCUUUCCGUCCGAGACUCAGAAUCUCCAAGAUGAUUGUGCUAAGGUGCUAGCCAUUGACGACGAUGAACUAGAGAACCACAUCGCGGAUUUACAAGCCUCGCAUUCAUCCUAUAUAGCUGGCACGAUUUACGGCUAUGAGAUCACGGAGCGGGCUAAUCAGGUGAAAUAG